UUUUGGUGAAAAAGUGCUUUGCAGUGCAGGCAUUUGCUUUGGAGGGAGCCUUGCAGCCACGGGUUCAUGGGGCCAGCUGACUGGAGGGACACUGUUGGAUGGCAGUGCUGGGCUGUCACCCCUGCCUGUGCGCAGACAUUCCCGCUGGAUGGAAAUAUGCCCGAAAUAGCCCUUCUGCAGAUUGUCUUUAUCUAAUCAGCCGCCUUCACACUCCUCUCCCCUGCAUUUCAGGGAGCUGAUAGCGGUGAUAUGUUAAGUGUGGAAACCUCUAGCAAAUUGCCCAACACAAAGAGUAAUUCUCCUUCCUGCCUCUUAUCAGAGACUGCAAAUGGGAAGCAUUCCUCCCAUGGGGUCAGGGAGCAGCAGGGGGAUCCCCUGGGGGUGGCUGAGCCCCCCAGCACCCCAUGGAUCUCUGGGACCAGUGAGGAGCCGAUCUGACUGCAAAACACUCAACAGUUGGGUGCUGGUGGUGUCCCAGCCCAUGGGGAGAGGCUUAUCCAGCCUUCAGGGGCACAGCUGAGGAGCCCCAUCCUCAUCUGUUGUCUGACAGGAUGCCAACAUGUCAAGCAGAGAGCUGCAGAAGGAAAAAUGGGGGUUCCUCAAUGGCUGGAGAGGUGCUCGCACUGCUGAGGAUGGCUGUGGAGAGCUGUGGGCUGGCCAAGCAGGCUGAUAGCCUAAAGCAAAUCCUCUCCGCUCCAGCUGAAGCUGUGGGCUCCUCACUGUGCCCGUGGGGUUCCAUGGGAGCUGCUGUCCCGCAGAGGAUGCUGCUUUGCACCUGUCUGAGCAGGGCACAGCUCAGGCCUGGCCAGCAAUGUGAGGAUGAGCUUCCUACCACCCUGAAAACCACAUCACAAAGGCCAGCUCUGAAAACACCCAAACCCACAGGAAGUGCAUUUCAGCAGCUGCCAGAGUGACCAUUCCACAUUUCCCUUUCUACAGAUCUGCUCAGCCUUUGAUGGACCCUGCUGGAACAUCUUCAAAGAGGGAGAGAAACUAGGGCGAACAGAAGGAACUGCAGAAGGAAUCUCCAAAAAUAAAAUCUCUUUAAAGAUAAGGCAGGGAGGGGGUGAGCAGAGCAUGGGAUGGUACGUGCCCUGAGAAGAAUGUGCGAGGCCUGGGCAGCUGGUAGGCCUGGGCCGGGAGCUCGUCCCACUGCCGGGGCACUUGUGGCAAAGGUACCAAAGACCUUAGGCCCCUCCAGGGUGUGGGUGGAAACCCGACUCCGAGCCCAGGACAAAGCAGAAGACCACCAGGGUGACCUCAGAGGAACCUGUGGUCGACAAACGCCUGUUGCUCUUCCUGACAUGGCAACGCUGCCAUCUUGGCAAGGUUUAAUGUCUCUGUGACACCGUGGCCAAGCAGGAUCUCAGGGACGGAUUUCCUCGAUGGUUUCCCCAAGGGAGGUGCAGUAGUCCCAGCCAUGGAGUCCAGCUCUGCACUAGCUGCUCCCAAAUCCUGACAAAGUCAUGGACUUCUGGCCACCAGCCUGGUGGAAGAGUGCCCACAUGGGACACUGUGGUGGGGUUUGUAGGCUGCUUUACCCCAGUGGGCUCCGAGUCACCUUGUUUGCGCCAAACGUACAUGCCUCAGGCACCAGCCUACAGACUCCUCUCAAUUUCAGCUCAUGGGGAAGACUGGUACCAUGCAAAGCCCUUACAUUACAUUGUGCAGUCAGUGAAGGCAAUACCAAUCCCUCCCCUCUACUGGGGCUCAGGCCGCAGGGACAGGUCUGCAGUCCUCCUCCAUCCCAUGAGUUGAUCAGGCUUCACUCCAGAGUCACUUUAGUGGGGUUGUUUGUCAUUUCCAUGUCUCCAGGACAUGACCACAGGAGUGGGGAGCCAAGAGGCAGCUCAGCACUGAUGUUCCCCCUGCUGAGGAAGGGGAUAGCAAACAGCUGUCCCGAGCCAGAUGCCGUUCCCAUCACUUCUCUAGUGAGACUCACUUCCAUCUUCAGAGACUACCUGCUUCCAUGGUAGCAAGGUGGUUUGGUGGCCGGGACAGAGCACAGCUGUGCUGCAGAGGGGGCCAGCCACGAUCUGGCUGCAAGGAGGCAUGGGGACCUCCAGGGGGUAGUGCCAGUGCCAGCCAGGAGGGUAGGAACUGCUUGGGAUGCCAGCAACUACAUGGCUCUUCCUUGAGCCUGGCACAGAAAUCCCUGACACAGAUGCAGGGUUGUGCCGACCUCACCAGCUUCGAGAGUUCCUGGUGGUGCUGUCAGGACAGAGUUGUGCUUUGGGUGGUGAUCGCUGCAUUGUCCGUGGAGUCUUUGGGGCCAGCUGGGUAAAAUGAUAUAGGGGAAACUCCACAGCCCACUGUACAGAGGGAUUUUUAAUCUGCCCUAGACAGGAACCAAGCUCCCUCAUUGCGGUGAGCAUGCCUUGGGAGCAGGAUUUCGGGGUUUAGCGAUGGGCAGAACCCACCCAGAAUCAGUCCCUGGCAAAAACAUUACAUUUCACUUACCUAUAACCAGAAAAGCGAAGUCGUGACUUUUGGUGCUAAAUGGGAAGAGUCUGGUGUGGCUGGGUGAACCAGGCAAACCCUUGGGGAAGAAAGCAAGUGAGUAGGUAGCAGGGGCCAGCCCUGAGGCCCUUGCCCUGGUUCUCCACUCCUGGGUGGUUCAAUGAGGAGCAACUGGACCAGCGCUGAGCCACAGCAGAGGUUCGGGUGUGCCAGGCAAAAAGCAAAGCUCUCAGUGCCGCUCUCCUUGCCGGAGGAGGAUUGCUGAGCUGCACUGCCUGCAGGGACUGCAGUCCCUCUCUCUGCCUUUGUGCUCGCCUGACAAUACAGGAGUAAAAAUAACCAGGCUGCAUUUGCAGGGAGAUAAAAGCGAAGUUUGCCUUUUGUGUCUCUCUGGGCAGUGGGACAGCAGCACCAAUGGAGUUGUGUGGACAUGACACAUGGGAAUUUCUGACAUAUCUUUUCCCACUCUGACCUUGACAGACACAAUAAAAAGGGGCUUUGCGGCACGCACACAGCCACUCAGUCCUAUCACUAAGGUUAGUAAGAAAGAGCAUGUCUGUGUGCGCGCUUCUCUUCCACUACUAACCCUCCUCACCUCCGCAGGGUGGAUGUUUCUGCAGGAUGGGGACUGACCGUGGGCACAGGGUGGGAUGAACCGGAACCAAGAGCAUUUUUCUACAGUUUGUGUGCUUUGCCAGCUUGCCAGCUAGCAGCACUGGUUUUGUUCCUGACAGUGGCGGCAUUUCGGCGUCCUGCUGCGGGACAUUGCGUUAGAUGGAUGUUAGAAAGCAGUGUUGUAAAAGUGCCUUUCCAAGCAGCUGUCAGCGCAGUCCUCUAGAAUAGGUCUUCCAAGGGAUAAUGCCUCCGUUCCUGCUUUUAUCAUCCUGCAAAAUUGCUCGGCAGCAUGGACGUGGGUCUUUACAGAGGCUUUGUGUAGAGCACCAAGGCUCCAGCGGGUCUGUAGAGCUGGAAUAGCUUUUAGCUGGCUUUGUCAAGAAGACGGGUGCCACUAACAACGUCCUGCCAAGCCCUAAACACAAGUGUUGAUUUUGACACCAAUGUGAUAUAGGGCUCGCACAGCAGGGCUGACAGCAGCAGAAGGGAAAGUGUUCAGUGACUGCGUUGUUAUUACGGUUAUUACUUGCUAGUAUUGUUUUCUCUAUCUUCUCUCACUCUCUAACAUCAACAGCAUGUUUGGUGACCGCACUUCUCUGCUAGCAGCCCAGCAGUGGUUGCCUUCUCUGUGCACUGACUUCUUGCCCCUUCCCUCCCUUCAGCGUUCAGGUGUCUUUCAUUGUUCUUUUGCUGUUGGCAAGUCCUCCUCCAGACAGACAAGAUGUCUAUGCUGGACAUGAGCGAGUUUGGGGAGGCUGCCGAAUACCUCCGGAAAAGCUACACAGAGCAGCUGAAGCUUCAGACAAUCCCAUUUGAUGGAAAGAAGCGUGCUUGGAUCCCCGAUGAGAAAGAAGCUUACAUUGAAGUGGAAAUCAAAGAAAGCACCGGUGGCAAAGUCACUGUGGAAACUAAAGAUAAGCAAACUCGGGUGGUGAAGGAGGAUGAGCUGCAGCCCAUGAACCCCCCCAAGUUCGACAUGAUCGAAGACAUGGCCAUGCUGACACAUCUCAACGAGGCCUCCGUGCUCUACAACCUCAGGCGCCGCUACUCCCACUGGAUGAUCUACACCUACUCGGGGCUCUUCUGCGUCACCAUCAACCCCUACAAAUGGCUGCCCGUCUACACCGCGCCUGUGGUGGCGGCCUACAAGGGGAAGCGGCGCUCCGAGGCACCCCCGCACAUCUACUCCAUCGCCGACAACGCCUACAACGACAUGCUGCGCAACCGCGAGAACCAGUCCAUGCUCAUCACCGGAGAAUCUGGUGCUGGUAAGACUGUAAACACCAAGCGGGUCAUUCAGUACUUUGCCAUUGUCGCAGCCUUGGGCGACACACCGGGCAAGAAAGUAGCAGCUCUUGCCACUAAAACUGGGGGCACCCUCGAAGAUCAAAUCAUUGAGGCUAACCCAGCUAUGGAAGCUUUUGGCAACGCCAAAACCAUAAGAAAUGACAACUCCUCACGUUUUGGCAAGUUCAUCCGCAUCCAUUUUGGCCCCUCAGGGAAGCUGGCUUCUGCAGACAUCGACAUCUAUCUUCUGGAAAAAUCAAGAGUGAUUUUCCAGCAACCCAAAGAGCGAAGCUACCACAUCUACUACCAGAUCCUCUCUGGGAAGAAACCAGAGCUGCAAGAUAUGCUGCUGCUCUCCCUCAACCCCUACGACUACCACUUCUGCUCUCAGGGCGUAACAACUGUGGACAACUUGGAUGACGGCGAGGAGCUCAUGGCGACAGAUCAUGCCAUGGACAUCUUGGGCUUCAGCAAUGAUGAGAAAUACGGCUCCUAUAAAAUAGUGGGCGCUAUCAUGCACUUUGGCAACAUGAAGUUCAAGCAAAAGCAGCGGGAAGAGCAGGCAGAGGCUGACGGCACUGAAAGUGCUGACAAAGCUGCCUACCUCAUGGGGAUCAGCUCAGCUGACCUCAUCAAGGGGUUGCUCCAUCCUCGUGUGAAAGUGGGCAAUGAGUACGUGACCAAAGGUCAGAACGUGGAACAGGUUGUCUAUGCUGUGGGAGCCCUGGCUAAAGCCACUUACGAUCGUAUGUUCAAGUGGCUGGUGGCUCGGAUCAACAAGACCCUGGACACCAAGCUGGCCAGGCAGUUCUUCAUCGGAGUACUGGACAUUGCAGGCUUCGAAAUCUUUGAUUACAACAGCUUUGAGCAACUGUGCAUCAACUUCACCAACGAGAAGUUGCAGCAGUUCUUCAACCACCACAUGUUUGUCCUGGAGCAAGAAGAAUACAAGAAGGAAGGCAUCGAAUGGGUCUUCAUUGACUUUGGCCUGGACCUACAGGCUUGCAUUGACCUGAUUGAGAAGCCACUGGGAAUCCUGUCCAUCCUCGAAGAGGAGUGCAUGUUCCCAAAAGCCUCUGACAUGUCGUUUAAAGCUAAGCUCUACGACAACCACCUUGGGAAGUCACCCAACUUCCAGAAACCCCGGCCGGAUAAAAAGCGGAAAUACGAGGCCCACUUUGAGCUGGUGCACUAUGCUGGUGUGGUGCCGUACAACAUCAUUGGGUGGCUGGACAAAAACAAGGACCCCCUGAAUGAGACAGUGGUGGCCGUCUUUCAAAAAUCGCAAAACAAGCUCCUGGCCUCCCUCUAUGAGAACUAUGUGGGCUCCAGCUCAGAGGAACCUCACAAACCAGGGUCCAAGGAGAAACGUAAGAAGGCAGCUUCCUUCCAAACAGUGUCCCAGCUACACAAGGAGAAUCUUAACAAGCUGAUGACCAACCUGCGCUCCACUCAGCCCCACUUUGUUCGCUGCAUCAUCCCCAAUGAGACAAAGACCCCAGGAGCCAUGGAUGCCUUCCUGGUGCUGCACCAGCUGCGGUGUAACGGUGUCCUUGAAGGUAUCCGCAUCUGCCGUAAGGGAUUUCCCAACAGGAUCCUCUACGCAGACUUCAAGCAGCGCUACCGUAUUCUGAACCCAGCAGCCAUUCCAGAUGACAAGUUUGUGGACAGCAGAAAGGCCACAGAGAAGCUGCUGAGCUCUCUGGAACUGGACCACUCCCAGUACAAGUUUGGUCAUACCAAGGUGUUUUUCAAGGCUGGUUUGCUGGGCAUGCUGGAAGAGAUGCGAGAUGAACGUCUGGCCAAGAUCCUGACCAUGCUGCAGGCCAGAAUCCGUGGGCACCUGAUGCGCAUUGAGUAUCAGAAGAUCAUCAGCAGGAGGGAAGCCCUCUAUACCAUCCAGUGGAACAUCCGAGCCUUCAAUGCUGUUAAGAACUGGUCCUGGAUGAAGCUGUUCUUCAAGAUCAAGCCUUUGCUGAAGUCUGCUCAGACUGAGAAGGAAAUGUCCACCUUGAAGGAGGAGUUCCAGAAGCUGAAGGAAGCUCUGGAGAAAUCGGAGGCUAAGAGGAAGGAGCUGGAAGAGAAGCAGGUCUCCAUGACCCAGGAGAAGAAUGACCUGGCUCUCCAGCUGCAGGCAGAGCAAGACAACCUGGCAGAUGCAGAGGAACGCUGUGACCUGCUGAUCAAGUCCAAGAUCCAGCUGGAGGCCAAGGUGAAGGAGCUGACAGAGCGUCUGGAGGAUGAGGAGGAGAUGAACUCAGACCUCACUGCCAAGAAACGCAAGCUGGAGGAUGAGUGUGCAGAGCUGAAGAAAGACAUCGAUGAUCUAGAGAUCACCCUGGCCAAGGUGGAAAAGGAGAAGCAUGCCACAGAGAACAAGGUUAAAAACCUGAUUGAAGAGAUGGCUGCUCUGGAUGAAAUUAUUGCCAAGCUGACAAAAGAGAAGAAAGCACUGCAAGAGGCCCAUCAGCAGGCCCUGGAUGACUUGCAGGCUGAGGAAGAUAAGGUCAACACGCUGACCAAAGCCAAGGUCAAACUGGAGCAGCAAGUGGAUGAUCUGGAAAGCUCUCUUGAACAAGAAAAGAAAAUCCGCAUGGACCUGGAAAGAGCUAAAAGGAAGCUUGAAGGAGACCUGAAGCUGACACAGGAAUCUGUGAUGGAUCUGGAGAAUGACAAACAGCAAUUGGAGGAGAAACUCAAAAAGAAGGACUUUGAAAUGAGUCAGCUGAACUCAAGGAUUGAGGAUCAGCAAGUGACCGAGGCCCAGCUGCAGAAGAAGAUCAAGGAGCUCCAGGCCCGUAUUGAGGAGCUGGAGGAGGAGCUGGAGGCUGAGCGUGCCGCUCGAGCCAAGGUGGAGAAGCAGCGGGCGGAAGUGUCACGGGAGCUGGAGGAGCUGAGCGAGCGGCUGGAGGAGGCUGGCGGAGCGACGUCCGCGCAGCUGGAGAUGAACAAGAAGCGGGAGGUGGAAUUCCUGAAGCUGCGGAGGGACCUGGAGGAGGCGACGCUGCAGCACGAGUCCACGGCGGCCGCCCUGCGGAAGAAGCACGCGGACAGCGUGGCUGAGCUGAGCGAGCAGAUCGACAACCUGCAGCGCGUCAAGCAGAAGCUGGAGAAGGAGAAGAGCGAGAUGAAGAUGGAGGUGGACGACCUGUCAUCCAACAUCGAAUACCUCACCAAGAACAAGGCCAACGCUGAGAAGCUGUGCCGCACCUAUGAGGACCAGCUGAGUGAAGCCAAGUCCAAAGUGGAUGAGCUGCAGCGGCAGCUGACUGAUGUGAGCACGCAGCGGGGCAGGCUGCAGACCGAGAAUGGGGAGCUGAGCCGGCUGCUGGAGGAGAAGGAGUCAUUCAUCAACCAGCUGAGCCGUGGCAAGACCUCGUUCACGCAGACCAUUGAGGAGCUCAAGAGGCAACUAGAGGAGGAGACCAAGAGCAAGAAUGCCCUGGCACAUGCCCUGCAAGCUUCCCGCCAUGACUGCGACCUGCUGCGGGAGCAGUAUGAGGAGGAGGUGGAGGCCAAGAGCGAGCUCCAGAGGAACCUGUCCAAGGCCAAUGCCGAGGUGGCCCAGUGGAGAACCAAAUAUGAAACGGAUGCCAUCCAGAGGACAGAGGAGCUGGAGGAAGCCAAGAAGAAGCUGGCCAUUCGGCUGCAGGAAGCGGAGGAGGCUGUGGAGGCUGCUCAUGCCAAGUGCUCCUCGCUGGAGAAGACCAAGCACCGGCUGCAGACGGAGAUUGAGGACCUGUCGGUGGACCUGGAGCGAGCCAACUCUGCCUGCGCUGCCCUAGACAAGAAGCAGCGCAACUUUGACAGGAUCCUGGCCGAGUGGAAGCAGAAAUAUGAGGAGACUCAGGCAGAGCUGGAGGCAUCACAGAAAGAGUCGCGCAGCCUGAGCACAGAACUCUUCAAGCUCAAGAAUGCCUAUGAGGAGUCUCUGGACAACCUGGAGACGCUCAAGAGGGAGAACAAGAACCUGCAGGAGGAAAUUGCUGAUCUGACCGACCAGAUCAGUAUGAGUGGCAAAACCAUCCAUGAGCUGGAGAAGCUGAAGAAAGCCCUGGAGAAUGAGAAGAGUGAUAUCCAGGCAGCACUGGAGGAGGCCGAGGGAGCCCUGGAGCAUGAGGAGAGCAAGACGCUGCGCAUCCAGCUGGAGCUGAACCAGAUCAAGGCUGAUGUGGACAGGAAGCUGGCGGAGAAGGAUGAGGAGUUUGAGAACCUGAGGCGCAACCACCAGCGCGCCAUGGACUCCAUGCAGGCCACGCUGGACGCUGAGGCCCGGGCCAAGAAUGAGGCCGUCCGGCUGAGGAAGAAGAUGGAGGGAGACCUGAAUGAGAUGGAGAUCCAGCUGAGCCACGCCAACCGCCAGGCUGCCGAGUUCCAGAAACUGGGCCGCCAGCUGCAGGCCCAGAUCAAGGACCUGCAAAUCGAGCUGGAUGACACCCAGCGCCAGAACGACGAUCUGAAGGAGCAGGCGGCCGCCCUGGAACGCCGCAACAACCUGCUGCUGGCGGAGGUGGAGGAGCUGCGGGCUGCCCUGGAGCAGGCUGAGAGGAGCAGGAAGCUGGCAGAGCAGGAGCUGCUGGAGGCCACCGAGAGGGUCAACCUGCUCCACUCGCAGAACACCGGCCUGAUCAACCAAAAGAAAAAGCUGGAGACCGAUAUCUCCCAGCUGAGCAGCGAGGUGGAGGACGCUGUGCAGGAGUGCCGCAAUGCUGAGGAGAAGGCGAAGAAGGCCAUCACGGAUGCUGCCAUGAUGGCAGAGGAGCUGAAGAAGGAGCAGGACACGAGUGCGCACCUGGAGCGGAUGAAGAAGAACAUGGAACAGACCAUCAAGGACCUGCAGAUGCGCCUGGAUGAAGCGGAGCAGAUUGCUCUCAAGGGGGGCAAGAAGCAGAUCCAGAAGCUGGAGGCCAGGGUGCGUGAGCUGGAGGGAGAGCUGGAUAUGGAGCAGAAGAAGAUGGCUGAAGCCCAGAAAGGCAUUCGCAAGUACGAGCGGCGGAUUAAGGAGCUGAGCUACCAGACUGAGGAAGACCGGAAGAACCUGACCCGGAUGCAAGAUCUGAUUGACAAGCUGCAAAGCAAGGUCAAGAGCUACAAGCGCCAGUUCGAGGAGGCUGAACAGCAGGCCAACUCCAACCUGGUGAAGUACCGCAAGGUGCAGCACGAGCUGGACGAUGCUGAGGAGCGAGCCGACAUCGCCGAGACGCAGGUCAACAAGCUGCGCGCCCGCACCAGGGAGGUCAUCACCUCCAAGCAUGAGUAGCAGGAGCCUGGCUGCCUGCCCCGCCACCUGCUGUACCUUGGAGGCAAAUGGCUGCAACAGUCACUGCCAGCUUCGCACCCAGUGAAUAAACGUAGCUGUGCCAGGCCCGG